UUCUCACAUUUUGGGAAGAUAUUUUGCGACAACAACCAUAGUAAACAGUAAACACUUCGCAGUCCCAAAUUUGCUUACCUGUUUCAAGUCAAAGGGUGUGAGCAAGAUGGCAUCUUUAGCGAAGAAGGGACUGAACAAUUACGUGAAACAGCUCCAACAACACCCUUUGAGAACCAAGAUAAUCACUGCAGGGGUUUUGUCAGGGAUCAGCGAUAUUGUAUCUCAGAAGCUUACUGGCAUUCAGAAACUUCAAGUCAAACGACUUCUUCUCAAAGUGGUUUUCGGAGCCGGUUAUCUUGGACCUUUUGGACACUUUUUUCAUUUACUACUGGAUAAAAUUUUCAAAGGAAAGAAAGAUUCAAAAACUGUGGCCAAGAAGGUUCUGAUUGAACAGUUGACAUCUUCUCCAUUGAACAAUUUGCUUUUCCUGAUUUACUACGGAUUAGUUGUUGAAGGGAGACCUUGGAUGCAUGUCAAAGCUAAAGUUAAGAAAGACUAUCCAUCAGUGCAGUACACAUCAUGGACGUUCUGGCCUGUUGUGGGGUGGAUAAAUCACAAAUUCAUGCCUCUUCAUUUUCGUGUUGUUUUCCACAGCUUAGUAGCAUUUUGCUGGGGAAUAUUCUUGAACCUUCGAGCGCGAACUAUGACACUGACUAAAGCCUGAACGCAAGAAGAUUACAGUUUAGUCUUAUAAGUGAUGCUCCUGCUUGCUAGAGUAGUUUGCAUCAGUUUAAACGAAUGUACUUUCAGAUGAUCUGCAUUUUAAGUUCAUAUGUAUUUGGAAGAUCUUUUAGUUUGUCUGAUUAUGUAGACAUCAUCAAUUGGUGGCUCUUGGAAUUUAGAAGUUUGUGAAAGUUAAUCCUCAUGCGUAAAUAUCAAAUAAAUAUUGGAGACAAAGCA